GACUUUAAGUUGUUUCCCUUGAAGUCAAGGAAAGCAAGAUGAUUUUGGAAAUGCUAAACCCGAUGCACUAUAACAUCACCAGCGUGGUGCCCGAGACCGUGCCUGUCAUCACCAUGCCAAUCCUGCUGCUCACUGGCUUUCUUCUCCUGAUUUGGAAUCAUGAAGGCUCAUCCUCAAUCCCAGGUCCGGGUUACUGCAUGGGACUCGGCCCCCUCAUUUCCCAUGGCAGAUUCCUGUGGAUGGGGAUCGGCAAUGCCUGCAACUACUACAACAGGAUGUAUGGAGAAUUCAUGCGAGUUUGGAUAAGCGGCGAGGAGACACUCAUCAUCAGCAAGUCCUCGAGUAUGUUCCACAUCAUGAAGCACGAUCACUACGUCUCCAGAUUCGGCAGCAAACUCGGGCUGCAGUGCAUCGGCAUGCACGAAAACGGCAUCAUAUUUAACAACAAUACAGACCUCUGGAAAGUGAUUCGCCCCUUCUUCAUGAAAGCUUUGUCCGGCCCUGGCCUGGUGCAGAUGGUGGCAAUUUGUGUCGAAUCCAUCAAAACUCAUCUGGACAAGCUGGAGGAGGUGACCAACGCAGCCGGCUACGUGGACGUGCUGACCUUCAUGCGGCGCAUCAUGCUGGACACCUCCAACACGCUGUUUCUGAGGAUCCCGCUGGACGAAAAUGCAGUUGUGGUUAAAAUCCAGGGGUAUUUUAAUGCAUGGCAAGCUCUCCUCCUCAAACCAGACAUCUUCUUUAAGAUUUCUUGGCUCUACAAAAAGUAUGAAAAAUCUGUCAAGGACUUGAAAGAUGCCUUAGAAAUUCUAAUUGAAGAAAAGAGACAGCGGAUAUCUGAGGCAGACAAACUGGAAGAUAGCAUAGAUUUUGCCACUCAGUUGAUUUUGGCUGAGAAACGUGGUGACCUGACCAGGGAGAACGUGAACCAGUGCAUACUGGAAAUGCUGAUCGCGGCACCUGACACCAUGUCUGUCUCUGUGUUCUUCAUGCUGUUUCUCAUUGCAAAGCACCCACAGGUUGAAGAGGCUUUAAUGAAGGAUAUUCAGACUGUUCUUGGUGAAAGAGACAUAACAAUUGAUGAUAUGCCAAAAUUAAAAGUGGUGGAAAAUUUCAUUUAUGAGAGCAUGAGAUACCAGCCGGUUGUGGACUUGGUCAUGCGCAAAGCUCUGGAAGAUGAUAUCAUUGACGGCUACCCCGUGAAAAAGGGGACCAAUAUUAUCCUGAAUAUUGGAAGAAUGCAUAGACUAGAAUUUUUCCCCAAGCCCAAUGAAUUUACUCUCGAAAACUUUGCAAAGAAUGUUCCUUAUAGAUAUUUCCAACCAUUUGGUUUUGGGCCCCGUGCCUGCGCAGGAAAGUACAUUGCCAUGGUGAUGAUGAAAUCCAUCCUGGUUACAUUUCUGAGACGAUUCCACGUGAAGACACUGCAAGGAAAGAGUAUUGAGAACAUGCAGAAAAAGAACGACUUGUCCCUACAUCCAGAUGAGUCUCACAGCAUGCUGGAAAUGAUUUUUAUCCCAAGAAACUCUGACAAGUACCAGUAA